AUGUUAUCAAGGGAUUGCCGAACUUACGGAAAUCCCGUCCAGCGGCAAAAACUGCUCACAGCAUGCUCCAAGAAGAUCUACCGGCGGAAGGCGAUAGGAUCAGCCAACUGUGGCGAAAGGGAUUGGCAGGAGGACUGGCCGGAUGCACGACACCUGGCGAUCAAUAAGGCGAAAACAGUAGUUGCGCCGCUAGAACGAGUAAAAGUGCUCUUUCAAACGGCCCAGCCGGGCUUCGCUCACCACACAGCUCGACGGCUGGGCGUCUUUGAAGCUAUCCAAAUCAUCCGCAAGUCUUACGGGAAUAAGGCUCUUUUUCAAGGCCAUUCGCUCAUGCUACUUCGGAUAUUUCCUUACGCUGCCAUCAACUUUCUCGCAUACGACCAAUUCCGAAACGUCCUGAUCUCUGGACCCGAUAAGGAUACUCCAAUCCGUCGCUUCAUCUCGGGCAGUCUGGCCGGAGCGAUUUCAACUUCCUGCACGUACCCCUUUGAACUGGUUCGAGUGAACCUGGCAGUGCAGAUUCAGCGCACGUCACUAGCUGCUAUCUGUAACCAAAUCUACCAUCAUGGUGGGUCGAGUUCCUGCUCUGCGGUCACGAAUUUCUACCGCGGAUAUGUUCCCGCGCUGUUAGGAGUUGUACCCUAUGCCGGAAUGUCGUUCUUAGCUCAUGACUUGAUCGGAGAUUGGUUUCGGUCUCCAGCGCUGGCGCCGUAUAUGGCUCUUGCACCACCCGAACACAGUCCGCAUGGAUCAACCAAGCAGGUUCGAUUGACUGCGGGCGCAGAGCUCUUGUCCGGGGGUCUGGCGGGUCUGGCGGCGCAGACAUUCUGUUAUCCCCUUGAGAUUAUCCGGCGGCGCAUGCAGGUCAACCGUCAGGGAAGGAUUCCGGAAACGGCGAGAAUUAUCUUCACGGAGAGAGGGAUACGGGGGUUCUAUGUUGGGUUGACGAUUGGGUUUAUUAAGGAUGUGCCGACGGUGGCGAUCAGUUUCUUUGUUUAUGAUCGCUUGAGGUGGUGUCUAGGGGUGGAUUAG